CAUAGUUUACUGGACCCACGGGCGCUGCUGUGAACCGCUGAAGAUUUCAGCAUCGGCCCCGAGCUUGCUGAAUUAGCCUUUCAACUAUCUUGGAGACAACUGCGCUUCCAUGCCUACUGUAACGGGAUUCCGUCAUGCGCCAGUGAGCAAAGGAAUCAUAUUCCUGUCCGCUGGGGCCAGCAUUUUGUCACAAGCGGCAAGAGCUUCCCGGCGCGUCCAGCUUGUGCCUGGGGUGCUUUCGCGAGCGCUCGUGUUUCGGAGCCCAGCAGAGCUCCUUUUCGGUACACUGGUGCUGUACUACUUUCGGGUGCUCGAAAGGGAAUCUGGCAGCAACAAGUUCGGUGCCUUCGCCGCCGCCAGCACCGGCAUUUCCGCGCUGCUGCAGUGGCUGGCGACGCGGUCGGGGCUGGCGGUGUCGGGGCUGCCCUCCGGGCCGUACGGACUCAUCUUCGCGGCCUUCGUGCAGUACUUCUUCCAGGUCCCCGCCUCCAAUAAGGUGGUGGUAUGGCCUGGCUGGCGGCUGAGCGACAAGGUGUUCCUGUACCUGGUUGGGAUGCAGCUGCUGCUGAGCGGCGGCACCAGCUCGCUGCUGGCGGGGUGCAGCGGGCUGGCAGCGGGGCUGCUGUGGCGGGCCAACGUGGCGGGGCUCAAGCGGUUCAGGCUGCCCGGCUUCGUGGCUCGCUUCUUCUCGGCCACUCUGGGGGCGCUGCUGGGCGGCGAUGCGGCGCCGUCGCAGCCCGGCGCGCAGGAUACCGCAGCCGGCGCAGGGCACCAGCGGAGAGGCGGCGCCACUGCAGCGGCGGCCCCAGGCCCCAGGCCGCCAGCCACAGCUGCAGCGGGUCCGGGCACAGGCGCAGGCGCUGGUGGCGGCGUGGCGCCGCACCUGCCUCCACCAUCUCCUGAGGCGGUGGAGCAGCUGGUGGCGAUGGGCUUUGGUGCGGCAGAGAGCGAGCGGGCGCUGCAGCUGGCCAACAAUGACGUGCAGGCCGCCAUCGGGCUACUGCUCAACAACUAGCAGGAGGAGGACAAGGCUGGCCAGCGGUCCUGACAGUUGUGAAUGGCAGCACGGGAACCUGCCAGACACUGCUUGGUGUGGCAUGAAACAAUGCAGGUGUCUCGGUAGGGGCAGAGCUGUAGUAGCGGCCAAGGUAGCGGCUAGUUUGCAAUUGCAAGUGAACGAGGGCAUGAACCAGAGAUGGAAAUGUGCGGGACGCAGAUACGGCCAUGUGUUUGUAAAGCUUGCAGGCCACGCGGUAGUUCGUUGACGGGCUUAUGCCGUGCUAUCACCUGCUGCCUCGCACGGUGUGAUUGUGCUGGAUCAGGUCACAGGGCAGGCAGAAGCAGGCGAUGAUGCCACUUGAAACGACCUUCGGUCACCGACAGUUGAUGUGGUGAUGUGCGUGGUGUACUGGUGUGGGCUCGGCCCACUUGCUUUCCGCCUGUUGGUGCUGUAAAGGCAGUGAGCAUGCAGCGUGGAAUCAUGCCCAUGUUGACCACGCAAAGUGCGGUACACGCAAAGUGUAUAUGAUACACGCAACGCGGGGUGCAUUCCACCAUCUGAUUAGUCUGCCGUUACCAGGCUUUACCACGCUGCGACAUUUGCAAGCCUUCUACGUACAUGUGACGUGCAGACUUCCAUCCGUGGAAAUGCCCAGAACCAUUCCAGCGGGCGCGAGGACAGCAUUUCGUAUGGGGAGUUAUGGUACAUCAGGAGGAGGGUGGGAAAUCGCCUAGAUUGCCGAAACCUCUGGUCAUUUGAGGGCCGAAGCCCCCCGCUUCGGCAAUCUAGGGGGCUGGUGUGUGAGGGCUUCGGCGAUAGAGACAGGAUAUGUGUCACAGGGGCAUACCAUGCGACUAUCGCUGUAGAAAGGCGCUUACAAGCACCAUUCACUAUCAAGAGUACA